AUGGCCGCCGUCCCUCGCGCCCUCCGCGCCUGCCUGGUCUGCAGCUUCGUCCAAACCCAAUCCAAAUUCGUCAAAGGCGGCUGCCCCAACUGCGAGCAAUUCCUCGAAAUGCGCGGCUCCUCCGACGCCGUGGCCGAUUGCACGUCCGAGACGUUUGAGGGUCUUGUUACCGUCAAUGACACGACGUCGAGCUGGGUGGCGAGGUGGCAGAGGAUUGUGGGGUAUGUUCCGGGGAUUUAUGCGGUGCAGGUUACUGGAGAUUUGGCAGAGGAGUAUAUCACUGCGGCGGAGAAUGCUGGGGUGAAAUAUCAGCCUCGCGAUGGCAGCGCCAACGACGAGCAGCAAUAG